AUGACUGAAGCGGCAAGUAACGGCUACGACGAAUUUCCUGACAACACUGAUGUCAUGUGGAUGAAAAUGGCCUUGAUGGCAGCCAGUCGUGCUGAAGUAACGGAGCAUGCAAAAGGAAAGCCUAGUGUUGGCUGCGUAAUUCGUCGCUCAAGAAAUCGUGGUCCUCCUGCAGUGUUAGCAGUUGGAUGGAACGGUUUCCUUCCUAAUACACCUGAGGGGGAGUUAGAAGAAAUAAAAGGUCGUCGAUUUAAGGAGUCAAGGGCUGCUAAAGAUAGGGACAAUGCACUGACUGCGGAACUCGGCCUUCAUGCUGAGGUAAACGCCCUACAGUACUGCUCCGANCUCAAGAAAUCGUGGUCCUCCUGCAGUGUUAGCAGUUGGAUGGAACGGUUUCCUUCCUAAUACACCUGAGGGGGAGUUAGAAGAAAUAAAAGGUCGUCGAUUUAAGGAGUCAAGGGCUGCUAAAGAUAGGGACAAUGCACUGACUGCGGAACUCGGCCUUCAUGCUGAGGUAAACGCCCUACAGUACUGCUCCGAAAGACCGGAGAUGGCUACAAUUUACACGACUCAUGUGCCGUGCUACAAUUGUGCAAAACAGCUUGUUGCACAUAAAGUUGGGCGUGUGUUUUACCUGUUUUGGAUGAAAGAUAGUGAAACGUCAAUAGAGCUUUUCAAGAAAUUUGAUAUAACUUGCGUACCCUUUGGAAGGCGAGGCGAAGUGCUAGAGGAUUUUAACAUGCCAGUUUUCCUUGAAAAACGCAAAAUUGUUGAGGGAAGCACUGUUGCGCAAACAUCCACAAUACCCAAUCAAUACUUUUUGGAUUGUAGAGACAAUGGGGAUAAGCACUUGAAAGAAGUUGAAAACUAUAAAUGUAAGUUGCCUUGAGUUCUAGGGCAAUAUCAUUUGAUCCAUGAUAAUGAUAAUGAUAAUAACUUUAUUUUACGAGGGGAGCACUUUACAGUAAACACUGACUAGCCUGUACCCCUUGCCUAUUAAAGACCCUGUUUACAUGGAGUGGGGGACCCCGGUCUAGUGGGGUAAGUUUCUUUUGUUUUGUGUCCCCCAGAGCGUGAAAACAAAAGAAACUUACCCCACUAGACCGGGGUCCCCCACUCCAUGUAACCAGGCCCUAAAUUAGAAUAGAAACUAAUUUAUAAGUAUGCAGCCGAAAAGAAAUUUACUGACCUUCUAAUUUCAUCUAUAUUUAAGCAAUCAAAAAAUUUUAAACAGACAAAAGACUGAUUGUUUUGAAAAAAGCCCAUUAAGUUUUAAACCAAGCACUUUUCCAAGUUCCAGAAACACUGAAGGAAGGUUUAGUGGGAGAGCAACAGCGUAUUUACUUUAACUCGGCUUCUAAUAAUUGGUACGCAAAUCGGAUAGCUUAUUAAAAAUUGACUAACAAAAAUUGGCAUCCAAAACUGCUAUGGCCCUGUUCAAAGUUUUAGACUGUGCAAUUUCUGGGAUCUGGAAAAAAUUGAUUUACUUCAGACCAUUUCCUAAAUUACUCUUCGUACUAUUUGGUGAAUGGACUACGCCUAUUUCGAAAAACACUGAGCUGCUAGCAUCAAAAUUGUUUGAAGUAAUUUUAGCGUUGAUUUACUCAGUUAUUACAACUACAGGAAGGAAAAAGAAAAUAUGCUUAAUUAAUUUAUUUUUUACUUAGGGGAGGAAAUCAAAUAUUUAAAAAAGUAAGGAGGGAGAACAAGAAGAAACCGGAUGCCACGAUGACUUUCCAGGCAACUCUGACAUAAUGUGGAUGAAAAUGGCCUUAAUGGCGGCCAGUCGGGCCGAGAUACCGGGGGAAACUGAGAACAAGCCAAGUGUUGGCUGCGUAAUUCGUCGUGCAAGAACUCGUGGUCCUCCAGCGGUGCUAGCAGUUGGUUGGAAUGGUUUCCUUCCCAAUACACCUGACGAGGAACUAGCCGCAAUAAAAGGUCGCUCCUUUAAGAAGCCAAAUAAAAGUCAGAAACGGGACAACACAUUGACUGCGUUACUCGGCCUUCAUGCUGAGACAAACGCCUUACAGUACUGCUCUGAGGCUCCAGAGAAGGCCACCGUUUACGUCACUCAUCUGCCUUGCUAUAAUUGUGCAAAACAACUUGUUGCAAAUAAAGUUGGGCGUGUCUUUUACCUGUUUUGGAUGACUUACCCGGACGGUGAAUCGGAGAGAACGAUGAGCCUUUUUGAAAAGUUCGAUAUCUCAUGCAUAGCCUUUAGCAAGCGUGAUAAGGUCCUGGAAGAUUUUAGCCCGAAUUUUCUUGGGCUUUGA